AUGAAUACUCUAUCAGUGAGGGCUCCUAUGCGGGCUACAGCAAGGUUGCAGUACUUACAACUUGCUGUACGAACCUACUCGGGCGUUGCAGUAACGACAUUCAAUCCCACAUGUGGCGUCAGCAAGCACACAUCGGCAUUCGGCCUCACAUCCAAGCGCCCUAUCUCGUCAACACACCAGAACAAGAUCAAUGAAUACUUUCCACCACCACAGACUCCAAAUGUCAAGGCAGUGCAAACAGCAUGGGUGCAUCCAGUAUACACCGAGGCGCAAAUGAAAAAUAUUCGCAUUGCCCACAGAGAAGCUUCAAAUUGGUCAGACUGGGUUGCCCUAGGAACUGUACGAGUCUUCCGAUGGGGCAUGGACACAGUGACAGGAUACAGGCAUCCCAAGCCAGGCCAGGAAUUACCGGCCGUCUUCAAAAUGACGGAGCACAAAUGGCUAUCUCGGUUCAUUUUCUUGGAAAGUGUGGCCGGUGUGCCCGGAAUGGUAGGCGGCAUGCUGCGACAUCUCCGUAGUCUUCGCAAAAUGAAGAGAGACAAUGGAUGGAUUGAAACUCUGCUCGAAGAAGCAUUCAACGAACGCAUGCACCUCCUAACCUUCCUGAAACUGGCCGAGCCGGGCUGGUUCAUGCGACUGAUGGUUAUCGGUGCCCAAGGUGUCUUCUUCAACGGCUUCUUCCUGUCAUACCUGAUCUCCCCACGCAUCUGCCACAGAUUUGUGGGAUACCUUGAGGAAGAGGCUGUCAUUACUUAUACCCGUGCUAUCGAGGAACUAGAGGCAAACAAGCUCCCGGAGUGGAAUGAUCUCGAUGCACCCGAAAUUGCCAUUCAAUACUGGCAGAUGCCAGAGGGUCAACGCAAGAUGAGGGACCUGCUGUUGUAUGUCCGCGCCGACGAAGCCAAGCACCGCGAGGUCAAUCAUACUCUCGCCAAUCUCAAGCAGACAUUCGAUCCCAACCCCUACCAGACUGAAUAUGCCGAUCCGAGCCAAAGCCACCCGACGAAGGGUAUUGAUAAUAUGAAGCCGGAGGGUUGGGAGCGCAAGGAUAUCUUUACGGUUGAACCUAGACAGGUGAAGCCUUGA